AUGGAUGAAAAAACCGCAUCAAACUACCAACAAGGCUUUGAAGUCUCCGGCGACUUCGCCUCCGAGGACCCCUCCAAAUUCUUAGACGACGACGGCCGUCCCAAAAGGACAGGGACUCUUGUAAGUGCCAGUGCACAUAUCAUCACGGCGGUGAUAGGCUCCGGCGUGCUGGCAUUGGCAUGGGCGACGGCGCAGCUGGGUUGGGUCGCAGGACCCACCGUCCUCUUUCUCUUUUCCUUCGUAACUUACUACUGCUCUUGUCUUCUCGCAUCGUGUUAUCGCACCGGCGACCCCGUCACCGGAAAACGAAACUAUACAUACAGUGAAGCUGUCAGAGCGAAUCUUGGUGGGUUUAAGUUUAAAAUUUGUGGGUUCAUUCAGUAUUUCAAUCUUACCGGAACUACAAUCGGAUACACCAUUGCAGCUUCCAUCAGCAUGAUGGCGAUAAAAAGAUCAAGUUGUUUCCAUGAGAAAGGCCAUGAUAGUUCAUGUGGAAUAAAUGGGACUCCAUUUAUGGUAUUGUUUGGAGCUGUGGAAAUCCUUCUCUCUCAAAUCCCAAACUUCCACGAGAUUUCAUGGCUGUCCAUGGUGGCCGCCGUCAUGUCCUUCACUUACUCCGCCAUUGGUCUUGGCCUCGGAAUCGCCAAAUUCGCCGAUAAUGGAAAAAUCAAGGGAAGUCUAGGUGGUAUAAGUGUUGGGGAAGUGACUCAAACACAAAAAAUAUGGAGGAGUUUCCAAGCAUUUGGAGCUAUUGCUUUUGCAUAUUCUUAUUCGACUGUUCUUAUUGAAAUUCAGGAUACAAUCAAAUCCCCACCAGCGGAACAAAAAACAAUGAAGAGGGCGGCUUUAAUAAGUGUAAUAACAACAACGAUUUUUUAUAUGCUUUGUGGAUGCUUCGGGUAUGCAGCUUUUGGAGACCAUGCCCCGGGAAACCUUCUAACCGGGUUCGGUUUCUAUGACCCGUUUUGGCUCGUUGACAUUGCAAAUGUAGCCAUCAUAGUUCAUCUUGUUGGUGCCUACCAAGUUUUUGCACAACCCAUAUUUGCAUUUGUUGAAAAAACCGCUAGGGAAUACUUUCCCGAAAGUGAAUUCAUCACAAAGGAUAUACACAUUCCAAUUCCGGGAUCCAAACCCUACAAACUCAACUUAUUUCGGUUGAUAUGGAGGAGCAUGUUUGUGUGUAUGACCACCAUUGUUGCUAUGUUGAUGCCGUUUUUUGAAGAUGUUGUUGGGAUUCUUGGAGCUUGUGGGUUUUGGCCACUAACGGUUUAUUUUCCAAUUGAAAUGUAUAUUACUCAAAAGAAGAUACCUAAAUGGAGUAGUAAAUGGAUUGCUCUCCAAACGUUGAGUGUUGUUUGCCUAACUAUUUCGGUUUGUGCGGCUGCGGGUUCCAUUGUUGGAGUGAUUAAUGAUCUCAAGGUCUAUAAACCCUUCAAGACCAUGCAUUGA